UUAAAAAUCUAGAUAAUAAAAGUGAUAUUCAUAUUAUUAAUCAUAAUAAUAAUAGCAACAAUAAUCUUUUAUGUCAACCACAUGCACCGGUUGAAAUGCUUGAUGAAUGGGAACAAAUGUUAUUUGGUUCGUCAAUUUUUAUAACGGCAAUCAUUACGUUUUUAUUGAAUUUAUUUGUAAUUAUUACAUUGAUUUUAAAUCGUUAUUGUAAUGCCGAACAAUCCGGCGGUGGUAGCCGCCAGAAUAGUUUAUCAACAACAUCAACAAUGGUGAAUACAUCAUCACAAUAUAAAAAUAAUAAUCUAGUUAAUAAAAGAUUAUCCAAUGAUUCUACGAUUGUACGUGGUGUUGUUUCAUCGAUAGCAACAACAACAGCGACAACAACAACGACAACAACGGCAACGGCAACAACAUCAAGAUCAUUUUCACAUACACAACAAUCAUUUAUAUCAUUAUCAAUAUCUGUUAUAUUAUAUAGUUCAAUAUGUGUACCGGCAAUGUAUUUGGAAACAAUUGAAAUAUUACCAACAACAACAACAACGACAACAACAACAACAUUAUGUUCAAAUUAUUAUUGUUUCAUAAUAACAUCAUUACGAUUCGGUUUCUAUGUUGCACCUAUUGCAUCAUCAUUUAUGCAUCUAUUAAUGGCAUUCGAUAGAUAUCUUGCCAUUAAACAAUGUUAUCUAUUUCAAUCAUAUUGGUAUCGUCGCCAUUAUACAUUGUGUAUAAUGUUAGUAUGGAUGGCUAGCAUUUUGAUUAUUAUACCAUUUUUUUGGUACCAUCAAUUUGGACGUACAAUACAAAUAUUGUUGACAUUAAUACGUUUAAUGUUCACAUUUUCAAUACCAUCAUUACUAACAUUAUAUCUAUAUCUAAGCAUUGCAUGUGAAUUGAAACGUGUUGCUGUGGAAACAAUAAUCGUAACACCAUUUAUAACGAAUAAUCGGCUGAUUUCAAAACAUCGUGAAAUUAUUGCUAAAAUUAUUUUACUUGCAUUGAUUCAUUUUCUUUGUUGGUUUCCAUUUUCGGUAAUGGAAUCAUUAAAUGAUCUAUUUCCAGAUCUAUUUCGUCAAUGUGAUUUUCAAAUUCAAACAUAUUAUUCUAUUAUGGCUAUUCUGAUUCUAUUUACAUCAAUGAGUGGUAUUGCUUAUCCAAUUCUUUAUUGUUUUGUUUCUAGUGAAUAUCGGUCAAAAAUUGACAAUGUUUUCAUUUUUUACCUGUCAAUCAAUCAUUGAAUCAAAUGUUCCACGACGACAAUCAUCAUCGUUGAAUAUAACAAAGAUUGAGGAACAUCCUACAUCGAUCAUCAUUGAUGAUCAUGCGAUUGAU